AGCCCAACUGACAAAAAGUGGUCUCAUUGUUUGCCAACCCAGACCAUGUAUCUCCCGAUUACUAUAUUCUUACUUGUUCUUGGAACAGAAUUACUGUUGUUCAUUGGCUAUGAAUAUGUUGCAUCUGCAGCAUACGAUUUAUAUAGUCAAUGGACAAAUGAUUCCAAGGUCAUCAAGCACAAUAAGCUCAAACAGGAUGUUCUGAGAAUGAAAGCAGAGCUCUCAAAGACAAGUUCCCAAGAUGAAUUUGCAAAAUGGGCCAAGAUGCGUAGAAAGUUGGAUAAAGGUGUAGCAGAUCAAGAGAAGAUGUCUUCUGAAAUUGCAUAUUCGAGAACUGCUUUUGAACUCAAGGUUAAAUCUGCCAUUUGGUUCUUUAUUCACGGCUCACAAUUGUUGAUGGUGAUGUGGUUCUACAAAAGGGCGGUGCUCUACCUUCCCCAAGGAUGGUUUGGACCAGCCCAGUGGAUCUUGUCUUUUCCUUUUGCUCCAACAGGCUCUAUCAGUGUAGCUGUUUGGUUUGCUGCUUGUAGAAAGACGGUCAAGGCUGUGGCAAGUACUGCAAAUGGUCUUAUUGCUCUCAAGAAUAUGAAGGUUGAGUAAAAUCAAACCCACCCACAUCCACAUAAAGAGAGAUAAAAACAAAAGCUACUUUAGACGGAAUUCUAUAGAUACAUACAUAUACUUAUAAAAACAAAACAUAUGUAAUGUAAUGUAUGUACUCUGGAUAAAGACAUAAGAAAUU